AUGAUGCUGCGGGGCGGGAGCGGGAGCGGGAGCACCGGCAGCCGCGGGACAGGCGCCGUUUCCCCGCGGCCGCCCCGCGGACUCCAUUUCCCGUCAGCGCCCGCGCCUCGCUGUCGCGCAAAGCCGCCGGCGGGAGCCGCGGUGCCUGCCGGGAGUCGUAGUCCCAGCGUGCCCCGCGCGGAGCCCGCGCCGCCGCCCCGCUCGCGCCGCCGCUCGCGCUGCCGGGGUCUCUCAGCGCGGGGGCGGCGCCGGCGGCUGCUCCCGGGGGUCCCGGCGGAGGCGGCUCCGGCCGUGUCGGGCGAGGAGGAGGCGGCCGAGCUCCCCACGGCUGCGCGCCGGGCGGCGAGCGAGCGCAGGAUGGGGGGCGCGUGGCCGGCGGGGCCCUGUGGGCAGUGGUGGAAGCGGCCAGCGCCGGCGCCUCGGUUCUCUGCCUGUGUGAGAAGGGAGAUGCCAAGGUCACGGAAGAGACAGGCAAGAUGUCCAAGAAGGAAAAAGAAAUUAAAACAGGACUGUCAGGCCUUGGAACAGCUGCCCAGGGAGCUGCUGGAGUCACCGUCCCUGGAGGGGUUUCAGAGCCGGGUGGGUGUUGCACUGAGGGAAAUGGGCUGGUGGGUGAUGGGGCUGGGACAAAGGCUGCACUCCAAGAGCUGAAAGGUCUCUCCCAGCUGAAAUGAUCCUGUGACUGUGUGAUGCCUGUGAUGUGGCUGUGUUGGGCUGUGCGGGGCUCUGCAGGGAAGGCCGCGUCCGGCUGUGACUGUGGCAGCUGGAGGCAGGGCCUGGCUGCCCCCCACAGAGUCACAGAAUGAUGGGGCUUGUCAGGAACCUUUAGAGAUCUUUCAGCCCAACCCCCUGCUAAAGCAGGUUCUGCUUGGUCAGGGGCACAGGAACGUGUGCAGGUGGGUUUGGAAACCUGCCGAGAAGAAGCCUCCACACCCUCCCUGGGCAGCCUGGGCCAGGGCUCCCUCACAUUGACAGGGAAAUAUGUUCCUUAUGUUUAAAUGGAAGCUCCUCCUAAAGCCCACAGGGGAUACUUGCAGCAGCUUUUCACAGAAGCCAGUGUUUGCCCAUGGGAUAGAAAGCAGGGGAAUCUGGGGUACUUGUGGCAGGUUCUCUCCCUUCCCUGCCCCUCUGGCCAUGUGGCAGGAUGGAGCUCAACCCAGACGGCACUGCUGGGAAGCUGGAGCACGGCCUGGGCAGCAGCUUCCUUGAGGAGCAGCUCUUGAAGAAGAACUCCUACCCCUGGAGUGCCCCAACCAGCUGGCCCAGACCUCAGUCUCAGCACUGCUGGGGCUUUUGCUGUGUGUUUGUUUCCCUUCCAGGCUUCACUCCUCUGCUGUGUCUGCCUUUUCCUCCCUGCCCUCUUUUCCGCCUGGUUCUGUGUUCUUCCAUCCCCUCUGUGGGUUCAAGUCCGUUUCUGGUUUUAAUAAAGAUGUAUUUUGUA